ACUCCGCAAGCUAGCACAGCCCUGAUUCUGAAGCAUCGAUCGAGCUUGAGUUUCCUAGUUUUGGUGAUUUGCAUUGCAGAGUGGCCGAAUGGUGGCUCAGGGAAGAGGCAGUGCGGCCACCGGUCUGGUCGCCGGCGUCGUGCUCCUGUGCGCGCUCCUUCCAAUCACCGGCGCGGCCGCGAUGGCGCGGCAGGCGCCGAGGACGUACGUGGUCGGCGACGACAAAGGGUGGGGUCGCGACCUCAACUCAUGGUGGCCGAACGGGAAGACCUUCUACGCCGGCGAUGUGCUCGUGUUCAAGUACGACAAGGAGCUCCACGACGUGUCGGUGGUGGGCGGCAAGGGGUACCAGCGGUGCGAGGUGCCGAGGCACAGCGCCAAGAGGUGGGUGAUGCGCACCGGGAACGACCAGGUGACGCUGCGCAGGGGCAACAACUACUUCAUCUGCGGCCUGCCGGGCCACUGCGACAAGAACAUGAAGCUCGCCGUCAAGGCCUGGUAGAUCCAUCCAUCUGGCUGCAUAAUGUCCGCAAGGCCUACCGGCCGGGGUACAUCAUCAUCAAGCAGUGCUUGCAUGCUUGGCCUGGCCGUCGGUUAAGUGUCCGUGUCUUGCUGGGUUCUCGAGUUAAUUUAUUUGCCUCUCGAAUUGGGGUUGUCACUUGUAUUAGAAACCUAAUUUAUCGUGGAUUAUGUGUGUCGUCAUCGAGUAAACUUGAUGUUUUCUCUAUGUUAUUCUACUAGCAAACAUUCUCGUGCGUUGCAACGGGAGAAAAAAAAAAGUUGACAUGCUUCGCUGCAAAGCAAACGUCAAUUACCAUUAGUCAAGCAGCUGGACAGAUAGAGGAUAAGUUUGAUAAUAACAAAAAUGAUGAAUUGAUUACCAAUAGGAUUCCUUGAGGCUCUAGUUCGAAACUUGGGACAUGAAUCUUAGUAAACUAAUCAGAUGACAACCUUAUCUUUUAGAUUACCAUAAUACUAAUAAAAUUA